ACGAGUUGCUUGGGGUGCUUGGUCGAACUCAGCAACCAGAGGGUACUAUUGGAAUUGUAGUGGGCCCACAUAUGAAUAAUUUUACGGAUGCAUCUGGUUCUUCUGAUAUAUGUCAAGAAAAGGAUAACCGAUCUUCUACAUCUUCCGAAACCAAUUCUAAUGAUACUUUUGAAGAUAAAGAGAUCGAAUUUCUGGAACAGGUACAUAAAGAACAGAUUAGAAAUGAAAUAAGAGAGAGAAACCGGGAAAAAAAGCUGUUACAAAAGAGUUUUACACCUAAAAUCGAUCAGAAUGUUUCAAAAGAACCUAUUAGUCAAACACAAAGCACUAUUUCAUCCGAAAUUAAAAUUCCCUAUAAUCAAAAAGUUGAACAAGGUUUAAUAUGUGAGUUAUCUACAUUUUUUAACGAGACUAGCCUUUCGAAUUCCAUAUCUGAUAAACAAAUUCUUGAAAAUAUGCUUGAUGGAGAUGAUUUAGCUCCGGGCUCUGCUUCACAUUUGGCUCAUUUAUUCGACAAGGCUAAAAAAACGGGACAGAAAGAAAUUUUAC